CAUGCGCAUUUCAUUUCGAAGAUGGCGGCCGUACAAAGUGGUGUCGGCGACGGGGUUGAAGAAAAAGACAUAAAAACAGAACCGCCGACCGAUGGCUUCGGAAAUAACGCAAACGACGGCAGGGUGCUGUCUUCGUCUCCCGGCUCCAGCGCUCCGGCUGCAAGCGGCAAACCUGCAGCUGGAGGAACCCCGGAGGACCAGCAGACGCUGCUGGCAGUUCUGCAAUUCCUCAAAAAGAACAAACUGACCGAGUCUGUCGAAAUUUUGCGUCGUGAAGCGGGAUUACCGGAGGAUGCUCAGGAUGCGAAGGGAGCUGAUUCAUCUGGUUCAGGAGGUGCUGCGGGCAGUGUGGACUUAGAAGGCGGGGAUGCGAGCGCUCUUCUCAGCCGGGUGACCGUCUCAUCCUCCGCCGCAGCUCAGGCGCCAACCAAAGUAGCUGCGGAGGAUCAGCCAGACGUCAACGUGGUGCUGUCAGCGUACAGCCAGCAGGGAGAUCCAGCUCUGUACGAGGUCUACUACAGUGGCCUGAAGAGGUUCAUAGAAACUGUUUUGGACUGUCACAGAGCGGAGCUGUCUCAGGUCUUCUACCCGCUGUUUGUCCACAUGUACCUGGAACUAGUGUACAACAAUCAUGAAAAUGAGGCCAAGGCCUUCUUUGAAAAGUUCAGUGGGGACCAGGAGUGCUACUACGAAGACGACUUGCGUGUUUUAUCCAGCCUAACAAAAAAGGAGCACAUGAGAGGCAAUGAGACUCUCCUGGAUUUCCGCACCAGCAAGUUUGUCCUGCGCAUCUCCCGUGACUCCUAUCAGCUUCUGAAGAGGCACCUGCAGGAGCGUCAGAACAACCAGAUCUGGAAUAUCAUCCAAGAGCACCUUUACAUCGACAUCUUUGAUGGCAUGCCACGAAGCAAGAGUCAGAUCGACGCCAUGUCUGGCAGCUUGGCGGGGGAGGCCAAGCGAGAGGCCAAUAAGGCCAAGGUUUACUAUGGACUGCUGAAAGAGCCAGAAAUUGAGCUGCCUCUUGACGAUGAGGAUGAGGAGGCAGAGAACGAGGAGGGAAAACCCAAGAAGAAGAAGCCCAAAAAGGACAGCAUGGGCUCCAAGAGCAAGAAGCAGGAUCCUAAUGCGCCAUCACAGAACAGAAUACCUCUGCCAGAACUAAAAGACUCAGACAAGCUGGACAAGAUCAUGUACAUGAAGGAGGCCACCAAGAGGAUCCGUUUGGGAACGGACAACCUCCCAUCCAUUUGCUUCUACUCUUUCCUCAAUGCGUACCAGGGUCUGACUGCCGUUGACUUCACUGAUGACUCCAGCCUGAUAGCAGGAGGCUUCGCUGACUCCACAGUACGCGUGUGGAGUGUCACACCAAAAAAACUCCGCAAGGUCAAGUCUGCAGCAGACUUAAAUCUGAUUGACAAAGAGUCAGAUGAUGUGCUAGAGAGGAUCAUGGAUGAGAAGACAGCCAGUGAGUCAAAGAUACUGUAUGGACACAGCGGCCCAGUUUAUGGCAUCAGCUUCAGCCCAGACAGAAACUACUUGUUGUCAAGUUCUGAAGACGGUACAGUCAGGCUGUGGAGUCUCCAAACAUUUACUUGUCUGGUGGGCUACAAAGGCCACAACUACCCAGUGUGGGAUACACAGUUUUCCCCCUACGGAUACUAUUUUGUCUCUGGGGGACAUGACAGAGUUGCCCGUUUGUGGGCGACAGAUCAUUACCAGCCUCUGCGGAUGUUCUCUGGUCACCUCGCUGACAUCACUUGCACUCGUUUCCACCCCAACUCCAAUUAUGUGGCCACAGGCUCAUCUGACCGCACCAUCCGUCUCUGGGACGUCCUUAAUGGAAACUGCGUCCGCAUCUUUACUGGUCAUAAGGGCCCUAUCCAUGCGCUGGCGUUUUCACCAAAUGGAAAGUUCUUGGCCUCAGGAGCCACUGACGGCAGAGUUCUGCUGUGGGACAUCGGCCAUGGACUGAUGGUUGGAGAACUCAAGGGCCACGCAGACACCGUCUAUUCCCUCAGGUUCAGCAGGGAUGGCGAGCUACUGGCCUCUGGUUCCAUGGACAACACUGUUCGUCUGUGGGAUGCAAUGAAAGCAUUUGAUGAUUUAGAGACUGAUGACUUCACGGCAGCUACAGGACACGUCCAUCUACAAGAUAACUCCCAGGAGCUCCUGCUGGGCACCUACAUGACUAAAUCUACACCCGUCAUACACCUUCACUUCACUCGGAGGAACCUGCUUCUGGCCGCUGGAGCCUACAAUCCUUAAGACAUUACUGUACGAUGAGAAAAUUAUGAAUGAAGGGUUGAAAUGAUGCAAACCUCUAAUCCCUGAACACCACAACUAAUUGAAGAACUUUGUGAUGCAUUGGGAGUAAAACUGUAUUACGAGUUCCACAUUGGCUAACAUCGAGCUGUGAAUGAGUAUAAAAAUUAGUUUACGGUUUCUAUACAUCACUGCCAUGUAUAAAGCUUUGCUCAAAAUGUGGCCGACAUUUCUGUAACAUAGUAUUUUAUACUGGUGCACACUGUAAAUAAAACAAAGUGUUUUCUA